ACUUUGCAAAAAAACAGAGAGGCGAUCAGGGCAAAUCCCAGAGCGCGCUUGUCAUCCUCCUCGUUCUGAUCCUUGCAAUGAAGAAGAAGGGGAAGUACUCAGCAGAUGAUGCUGCAGCGAUGGGCGGAGACGCCGCCGCCUCGGAUACCGACUGCCACGAUGUGUUCCUGAGUUUCAGUGGAGUCGGCGUUGGCUAUUUUUUCGCCGAAUCCCUGUACUGGAGCUCGGUUGAUGCCGGGAUCCGCGUCUUCAGAAACGCCGAUGAAUUUGGACUCGGUGAAGAAAUUGGCCAGGAGAUUCUGAGAGCUAUCGACGGGGCCAAGAUCUGCAUCCCGAUCUUCUCCAAAUACUACGCUUACAGCGCGGGGUGUCUCCGGGAGCUUGCGGCAAUGGUGGAAAGCAAGGCCAAAUCGGGUGGUGGGAAAACGAUAUUCCCCAUAUUCUACGACGUGGAACCUCGUGAUGUUAGGCUUGAAACCCCUCUGUACCGCGACGCCCUAUCGAUGCUCGAGAAGAGAUACGGGUCCAAGGAAGUAAGCGCGUGGGAAGAUGCUCUUAAACAGGUUGCUUCAUUACCUGGAUGGGAAAUGAGAUUUAUGAGGUAAAAGGCCGAGACUUUAUUGCAGGAGGGUUUGCAACUCAUAAAUCGUUUUCUAGUAUAGCAACGCUAAACUCCAGUGGAAACAACUGAUCACUUCGUUUUUUGAUGUUGCGCUUUCAGUAGGAAUAAACUUCAAAUAGUUGUUUCGCAUUUCAAUAGGAUUGAUUAUUCCUUUGUCAUAUAGUAUCAGCCCAAAUGUUAAAACCCGCGCCCUUUCUUUUCUAACUGAAACGGCUUACUUCUGUUGCAG